UUUGUGCGUAAAUAUGUUUUUAACCGACUUGAAUCACUCGACUAGAAGACAAAAGAUAAGUUGUGUAACCUAGGCUAAAACGAAAACGAAAGUUACAAGGUGGCAUCAAACUGUAGGAAGAAAUGAGUGGAACUGUGUUUUUCUCUGGCUGGAAGGCAGUUAAAGACCGCAUCAAAACUCUGUCCGCGGACCAGCAGCCGACUACAGGUCGUGUUUACACAAUGUAUCACGGAACGCAGCUCAAACACGCCGAAACCAUAAUCAGAAAUGGGUUUGUACCCUCGAAAGAUGGACUGCUCGGCCCCGGGAUAUAUGUCAGUCGUAACAUUGAUAAAGCCAAGUGUUACCCACCCAACACUGACAAGAACGACAAAGUCGUUUUCAAAUUGAAAGUGCGGGUUGGAAAAGUGAAGAAAAUUGACUGUGACCAUCACUCCAUGCAGAAAUCAUGGCACCAACAGGGGUACGAUUGCGCUUGGAUCCCGCCACACAGCAAGAUAUCCAGCAUUAAGUCUGGUCGCGAGGAGGAUUGCGUGUGGGACCCCGCUCGCAUUACGCUGAUUGACGUGGCUUGUUGCGUGGAUGAUACUAAACGCAAGAAGCUCAGACGGCUGAUCCGCAGUCAGGGGAACGGGAAUGCUUCAGAUUGCGACCUUUGCCACCAAGACGAGUCUGGCGAACCCCAUGAUAUUCAGAUAUGUUGGGACUGUGGGGAUAGAAUAUGUCCUUUUCAGGACAAACACGUUUGCACAUGAUAAUAAUAAUAAGGAAUGCUGUAUUAAAAUGCCACUUUAAGAAUAUUCUUUCCUCGAUUUUUACUGUUUAUUAAAAUGCAUAGUUCUACGUCAUUUCAAUCAUACGUUCUUGAUAUAUUUUGUGUUAUA